AUGGGUGUCCGUCCAAAUGCUCGCAUGCUCCGCGAUAUGGCUGCUCGCCAAGCAGUGCAGUCCAAUGAGCUCCUUCGUCGUGCGUACAAGUACAUCGCACGCAACACCACACUGCCUUCGCGUGUGCGCCAUAUGGCCCAGUUGGAACUCAAUUCGUUCCCAGCCAAGUCACGCCCUGCGUUUGUGAAGGAGCGGUGUGUCGACACGGGCCGUGGGCGUGGUAUCUUUACCGAAUUUGGUCUAUGCCGCUACCAAUUCCGACGAAAAGCGGUCCAUGGUGAGAUCCCAGGCGUAGAAAAGGCCUCUUGGUAA